UCAGCGGACAGGGCUCGCCGGGCGCUUCCGCGUUCGCGAGCGCGCCUGGUCCGAGUCGGCAGGGGGAGGGGGCGAGGGCGACUGACUGGGAUCUCACCCGCGUCCCACCUCACCCGGCGCGACCCACCUGCGGGGGCCCGUCCGCUGCCUCCCAGGGGACCCGAUGGCCUCGGAGGGUCUGGCCGGGGUGCUGGCGGCGGUGUUGGGGGGCCAGGGGCUGAGUGUGCACAGCUGUGACUCGGCACCGGCCGAGGAGCCGCCGGCGCCGGUGCGGCUGCGGAAGAACGUCUGCUACGUGGUGCUGGCCGUGUUCCUCAACGAGCAGGAUGAGGUGCUACUGAUCCAGGAGGCCAAGAAAGAGUGCCGUGGGUCCUGGUACCUACCCGCGGGGAGAAUGGAGCCUGGGGAGACCAUCGUUGAGGCACUGCAGCGGGAGGUGAAGGAGGAGGCUGGGCUGCACUGUGAGCCUCUGACGUUGCUGUCUGUGGAGGAGCGGGGCCCCUCCUGGAUCCGCUUUGUGUUCCUCGCUCAAGCCACAGGUGGAAUUCUCAAGACUCCCAAGGAGGCAGAUGCAGAGUCCCUGCAGGCUGGCUGGUACCCUCGGACCUCCCUGCCCACUCCGCUGCGAGCCCAGGACAUUCUGCACCUGGUGGAGUUAGCUGCCCAGUACCGCCAGCAAGCCAGGCACCCUCUUAUUCUGCCCCAGGAGCUUCCCUGCAGUCUGGUCUGCCAGCGGCUUGUGGCCACCUUUACCAGCGUCCAGACAGUGUGGGUGCUGGUGGGCACAGUGGGGAUGCCUCACUUGCCCAUCACUGCCUGUGGCUUCACUCCCAUGGAGCAGAGGGGUGGCAUCAAGAUGGCCAUCCUGCGGCUGCUACAGGAGUGUCUGACCCUUCACCACUUGGCAGUAGAGACCAAGGGGUUGCUUGGACUGCAGCACCUGGGCAAAGACCAUGCAGAUGGCAUCUGCUUGAACGUGCUGGUGACUGUGGCUUUUCGGAACCCAGGUAUGCAGAGGGAGCCCCCAAAGGUUCGGGGUGAGAACUUUUUUUGGUGGAAGGUGAUGGAGGAAGACCUACAAAGCCAACUCUUACAGAGGCUUCGGGAAUCCUCUGUCAUCCCAGUCAACAGAUAGGAAGGUGCCAUCUCUGUGCAAGGAGCUGGGUGACGGUGCUCCCCCCACCAUGGCUUUGCUUUCCUCUGGGGGAAGCAGGAGGUUGGCAGUCAGGGAUCUGGUGGUGUUGGGAGCAGGCAGUUCUCCUGGUUGUCAGGGGAAUUUCCUUCUCCAUGGAGCUGGUCCCUACAUCGCACCGAAAGGACAGUGCCUUUAACCCAACAAGGAUUCCAGAGCUCAAGGACCUAAUUGCCCCAUGGGUACGAUGAGGGCCCUCCUCCCUAGGGAUGGAUGUGAGAACCUUCUGAACCUGAGAUGGCUACUCGUCAUCAUGAACCUACUUGUCAUUUUCCAUGCUUGCCUCAGGAAAGGCCUACAUCUCAUUCUCAGGCACUGAGAACAUGGACUGGGUGCUGAGGGAGGUCAUUCCAAGGGAGUGGGACCCUUGCUGAGUAAAUACAUGGUACUUAC